AUGCCAAAUGCUCUAGGUAGGUACCUAUCAAACGUAAAUGGAAAUUUGUAUUGUAAAUAGAAAAAUCUAAUUUACUUCAAAAAAUGAGUAAUCGUAACCCGAAUACGCUUAUGAGCAUUCCAGAUGAACAAUUUGAUUAUCUAUUCAAAAUUGUUUUAAUAGGUGAUUGUGGUACGGGAAAAACAUGUAUCGUGCAACGUUUGAAGUCUGGGAAUUUCAUAGAAAGUCACGGAAAUACAAUAGGCGUCGACUUUUCAAUGAAAACCCUCAUCGUUGACGGGAAAAAGGUCAAGUUGCAAAUAUGGGACACUGCUGGUCAAGAGAGAUUCAGGACAAUCACCCAAAGCUACUAUAGAUCAGCAAAUGGAGUAAUAAUAGUGUAUGAUAUAACUAAAAGAUCAACAUUCUUAUCUCUCCAAAAAUGGAUAGAGGAAGUUAGGAGAUACACAUCAUCCAAUGUGAUUGUGUCGCUAAUUGGUAACAAAUGUGACCUGAGCGAGCAACGAGAAGUGGAACCAGAUGAACCGAAAUCCUUCUGCAGAUAUGUGCCCGAGAUCAUGUUUGUGAUGGAGACAUCGGCGAAAGACAACACAAAUGUAGAAGACACAUUUCGCAGUUUGGCUACUGAGCUAAAGCGUCAACAUGACAACAGUGAAGGCCCACCAAUGGAGUCAGAUUCUGUAGUACUCGGUGAAAGUCAUGCAAUAAGUAGAUGUCAACCAUGUCGCUCGUCCUAGUAUUUUAUUUUUCCAAUUGUUCCAAAAUGUAGGUGACAUCAUUACGGUACACCUAAGUUGAACAAAAUGCUAUAACUACAUGUAAAUAGAUGAAUCUGGUGUGCAAGCACUAUAUGAUGAGCCGCAUGCCUAUUUGCCUAUUUAGUAUAUAAAAAAUUGCUUUAUUGUUUUAGCAGCAAACUCAUCUGAGUUAAUUAACAAGGAAUACAGGAAAAGUUUUGGUAAUUCUUUGCAUGGCAGCAAACACUUACUAAUACUAAGCAAUCAUUGUAGUAUAAAUAAUACUAUAAUAAUUUAGGAUUAAUAACAGACAAAUGGAUUUAUAACAGCAACACUUGUUUUCUACUCUGCACAAUGUUAGUAACUUAAUUUCUGUAAUUGUCACAUAGUGGUUCUUAAUAUUCAAUUAACAUAAUUUUGGAAAACACAUGGUUUCCGGUAGUAUUUACCACUGUUUCAUAUCAUAUUUUAGUUCAAUUAAUAUAUGUAGUAUAUUAAUUUGUGUGAUUGUGACUUGAGACAAACUAAAACCUUUAUAAUUGACAUGUCUUCUGCAGUAGAAAUUGGAAAGUAUUUAUUUAAUUAAAGCAUAAUUAUAAUGAUAUAAAAAAUAGGUAACGGUUUUACAGGUCCUUAAAAUAUUUCUUUCCAUGAACUUCAAACUUGAACUAAAGGAAACAAUAACUAUAAAAUGAUUCUAAAGAUCCUCUUGAUAUUUGGACAGUACCAGUAACUUUCUUGUACCUAAGUAUGUACAUAAUGAGUUAUAUUUCGCCAGUUUUAAUAAUUCCAGUUUAAAUAAAGUCACAGAUUUUUCUCCCACUAUUUCCCAAAAAGUUGGGCGCAAACCCAACUAAAAGAUGCCGUAUUGUGUGAUAUCUAGGUCACAAAUAGAAAUAUACUAUUCCACGUACAGUUUACAUAGAUAGAUAUUAUGCUAUUAAAUCAUUCUAUAGUAUUUUUUUUUCUCACAAUACACAUUGUUUAAUUGCUUUAUGAAGCGUAAAUAGUUUUCAUUCUCUCGAGUUCAAUGAUGCAUUACAAACAAUGCAACACCUUUCGUAAACAACGCUUACGUCGUCACAUUCUUUUAUAAGGUUGCAUCAGUUCUAUUUGGCUAUAUUGUUGAACCUAAAAUUGUGCAAUAAUAUUACUGAAUCUCGUGCUUUAUAAUUUGUGCAUUGCAAGCCAUACAGAACUGGAGCAAAUACACGCCAUAACAAAUUUGAAUAUAAUCUCGGGGUUGUGAUGUCGCGAUGCUCGGGAUUAGCGUAAAAAUAAACUUUAAAUUGUUGAUCAUUCAGCUGAGAUUUUACACCCGGUCGCCUGACGUUAACCCUCCUUAGGAAUGCUACUGCUGCCUAUGAGCUGCUAAAGCUGUGUCUAUUAGUUUUGGAGUGGUUCAGUUCUAUGGCGGAACCACACGCGACAUGUAAAAAAAUGUCUGCUGACUUUUAAACUAAACCGUACAAAUAUCGCGAUAGUUGACCAUGAGUCUUAUUGACUACCAGUUUUCAAAUACGCUCUUUUAUUUGUAGACUAUUUUUAUGAUAUUGGUAGUAAUAGAACCUGUCUUCGCUUGCUACAUUCACACGUUAAUUCUAUUAACAAAAUAUAGAAAAUUGUAUUAAUACAUUUAUUACGCAUUGUUAGAAUAUUGAUGCUUUUGCACAGAAUAUGAAUCACUGUAACAUAAACAUAUGUUGCUUUGUUACAGCAAUUACUAGAUAACACCGAUAACUGUCGGCGUGUGAUUAUUAUUUAAAUGUAUUUUAUCCAGAAUCUCAAUCAAUACUAUGUUUUGCUUCGCCAUUUGCGCGAUCAAUUAAAAUUAAAAAAUACGAGAAAAUACUCUUGAAAUAUAUUGGCCAUAAUAUAAUUUGUUUUUUAAAUAUUAUAAUGCUUUAAGUUUUAUUGUUUAUAAAUGAAGCAUGUAGAUGCAAUAUUAUGCAUCAAUAUAUACAGAUCUUAAGUAUGAUUUAGUUGUAAGAAAAUCAGUUUCGGUGCUGUAUAUAUACAUAUAGUGAUUUUAAUACUUGUACCACCUAACUGAGACUGAUCUGAGAAAGCCAUAUUUUCAGUUUAUUAUCAUACCCUUUUGAUAUUCAUCAUUAUAAUUAGAGCAAAAUCCAGUAAUAAAUCUGCUUAUUCAAUAUUUGUAUUACAAGAAUUAAAAAAAACUUACGAGGUGACACUGCGUCACAAAAUCCCUUUAAAUCGAUAAAGAGAAAAAAUCUCAACUCCCAAAUUACUGAUGUUUUGGUGAGUUAAAUACAGCAUGUUAUGUACAGUCGACUGUAUAUCAAGUUAUUUUGCAUAGAUUUAUGCCGCGGUAUGGCAAAUUUGCAAUUAAUUUGGCCAGCUUGAUGUCCUAUUGUCUGUACUUCAUAUUUGUUGUUAUUUCUUCAUAGGGUUUUUACUCUGCGGUUUUAUUAUUGAUUGAAGAGUGGCUAAUUAUUUUCUUUUAAUAUUAGAAAGACUGUAAUUUCAUCUUGUACGUCAUAUUUAUAUAAAUAUUGUAGACUAUUACAUAUGUAAAAUUGUAACAGUGGCGUCCAUAUUUGUAAUACAAGCAUUACGUAAUAGUUAAAACGUGUAUUAUAUUUUGUAACCCAACAGUCAAUGUAAUAAACGCCUGUUUUAGGCCUAAAUGAAGUAUUGUACGAUAUUGUACUGUAUGAAUCUGCGAAUCGAUUUAAUCUCGAAAUUUUUUAUUGUGAUAAUAUUUUACUUUGAUUUCAAUUUCAUUUUAACAAUCGUGCUAUAUCUUAACUAUAUUAAGUUAAAUUUAUUUUCGUAAAUUGUUUUCAAUGAGAAUAAAAAUAUAUUGUUAUACAAAAA